AUGUUACAAAAUCAAUCCACAUCACAUGAUGAAAUAGACAUUGAACGUCAAGCUACGUUAGUGUCAGAUGCAACUGUAACCAUAAAAACUAUAAAAAAUUUCGAUGAUCAGAUUAUUAAAGACAAUAGCUCGUCAUCGUCUAACGAUACUUUAUUACAUGGAAUUGAAUUAUAUUUAGUUGUUUUUGGUCUAGGAUGUGCUGUAUUUUUAGCCGCCUUAGACCAAACAAUUGUUUCCACUGCUUUACCUAAAAUAGUUUCAGAUUUUAAUGGAUUAGAUCAAAUAGCCACUAAAGCUCGUGGAAAAUACCAAGGCCUUGUUGGCGCAUGCUUUGGUGUUGCUUCCGUAGCAGGCCCUCUAUUGGGUGGUGCUUUUACUGAUCAUGUCAGUUGGAG